AUGUCUAAGAGAUACCGGCUGGACGAGCAGCACAAGAAGAUCCUGGACGCCAACCGGUACCUGCUGGUGAAGAAUGUAAUCCACACGCCAGAGUUACACGCCAGGCUGUUGUCUGAUAAAGUGGUGACAGAAACCAUGCUGAGGGACAUACAGAAUGUAAUCCACACGCCAGAGUUACACGCCAGGCUGUUGUCUGAUAAAGUGGUGACAGAAACCAUGCUGAGGGACAUACAGGAAGGAAAGACUCAACAGGAGCAAAAUGAACGGCUUAUCAAUGUACUCAAACUACGGAACAAGAACGCAUUCAGGAAAUUUACUUACAUAUUGCUAUUCACGGGACACUCAUUGUUAGCGGACUUUCUACAUGACGAAGACAAACCUGGAACCCAGUACGUGAAUGCGGGUGAAAUAGAACGACGUAUACCAUCAGUAGCCAGCUGCCUGGGUCUGGACGAUAUGAAGAGACUGUGCCAUUACGUCGAAAGUAAGAUAAAAGGAGCGAUAGCCAAGAAGACUUGGAACGCCUCGGAACGCGAGAAGGAUCGGAUUGAAGAGAUUCGUAAGGAACAUUAUCACCAGGAGGAGGAAAAACAGCGUUCUUUGGAAAGGUGCCAACAAAAGGUAUCGGAGCUAGAAUCCCGUUUGGAACAGGCCUUCAAGGACACCGAGGACAAAGAUCAAAAAAUCAAAGAACUGAAGACCACGAUAUCCCAAAGUGAAUUAGAUCACAAGGAGAACUUGUCAAAGCAAAUGCGCUUCAACACCGCCAACAACUCAACGAUCACCAAACUAAGCGAACGAUUGGCCCAGUACGCACGUCACGUGACCGAAUUGACUACAAAACUGCAACAGUCAAUGGGCGAGAUUUUGAAAGACCAUGAUGUGGAAGUGACGUACACCUACGGGUCCGGCAUUCUCGGGGACGGAAACAAGGGUAAACCCGAAGAUCGACGGAAAAUGGCGGAGCUGGAUUCGGUGAUCAGCCUUCUUCUUCGAGUUGCGCAAAACUUCAGCCACGACAUCAAGGAGGUCGAGACCACCAGGACCAAAGAGAAAGACACCAUUCUGGCGUUGCUGGGAACAAAUCCUCGAGAAAAAGACCUUUCAACAACAGACGCUCUGAGGAUGUUUAUUAACAAAGAGAACAAAGAGAAGCAACAUCUGCUGCGGGAUAUUCAGACAAUAAGCGCGGCCCUGAAAGAAGACAAGGGUACAAAAUCCCAAAACGAGUUCAAACCUGGAGGAGUUACUUUUGAAGGCGUAGCAACAUCGCCACUAUCAGCCGGAAAUGUAACUUUUGACUUCCGGUCACUGCGCUCGACGCUGGGAAUGCUUCGUGAAGAGAUACAGCAUAUUUCCAAACGUCUUCAGUGGAAGGAGGCGCAAAUGAAGGCACUUGAAGAAGAAAAUGCGGAACUUAAGUCAGGUGUUUUGUUCCGCGGCAGACGAUUAGGCACCGAAGAGAAACCGGAAGCUCUUCCAAAAAAUUACUCUGCCACGGCCACGUCUCCACUGAAACACAAAACGAGCCCAGCCAAAAACAGAUACCUCACAGGCACGCCCAGGAAACCCGCUGAAACUUUAUCCGGCAGACGGAAGCAAAGGGUUUUGAGUCCCAUAGAAGAAACACCCCACGGAAAACCCACGAACAGUAUUGUUUUCCCCUCUUUAGAUCCAGAAACGAUGGAACCGACAAAACCGAUUUCAAAUAGGGCGUAGUUUUUGUGAAGUCACGUCGACUGGAUGAAUUAAUUGUGUCAGUACUUUUGCUUAAAGCAAAAUUUACAGUCUUCGGUCAGCAUGGGAGAGAAAUUGAUCUUAAGGAAGGGAUAGUGUUUGAUCAAGUUUUACCGAAACAGGGCAUCCUGAAACUAUACUUUACAACUCCAGAUA